AUGUUCAAAAACAGGAAGAAUGAAUUGCCCUUGUUAGCUGCCGAGUACCGUACGGCAGAGCAACGACGUCAGCUUUACCUCUCAUCAGCAGAAAAGCUCUAUAAAAAAGGCCUGAAUCUAUUCAGGAAUAAACCCUAUCGCCUUGAAACUGCCGACGGGGAACGCAUUGUAGUGCCUUUGUGCGCAAUGGAAGAGCUACGCAGGUUACCAGAAGAUCAUCUGAGUAUGAUUAAAGCAGUUAGAGAGAGUACAGAGACAAGAUACACCGGCAUGACCGAUGUUGCAGACCUGAAAUUUUUAGCUCACGUACUCCGAGCAGAUCUUACACCCAAUCUCAGUCGUCUCAACUCAAGACUUGCCGAAGAAGUGGACAGAACAGUCAGGAACACCAUUGGUCCGUGUGAAGACUGGACCCCUCAUAUUCUCUACCAACACCUGUUGAAGGUAGUUGCCAUCGCCUCAGGGAAUACAUUUCUAGGCCCCGACCUGUGCUCACGUGACGAGUAUGUCCGGUCGAGUAUCAGUUACACAGUCGAUGUAUUCCGGGCUAUCUCCCAGAUCAAAAAAUGGCCUCGUUAUUUACGCUUCCUUGGCCAGUACUUCACGCCAGAGUUGAAGAAGAUCGAAUUACAUCGCCGUAAUGCCGAGGGGUUUCUUCUCCCGGUGAUCCAACAGCGAAGGGCUAUCAUGGAAAGUGGCGGUGAACUGCCAGACGAUCUGCUGCAAUGGAUGAUGAAGAAGGCCGAUGAGCAUAAGUAUACCGAUGUGAUGCUUGCGGAUGCUCAGUUAACCCUCAGUAUGACGGCAAUACACACAACCACUUCAGCUCUCAUGGAUACAGUGUGCGAGCUAGUCAUUAGACCAGACCUAGUGAGUGAGAUCCGCGACGAGAUCAGAUACGUUCUCGAAGCGGAAGGAGGCAGUUUCACGACAAAUGCACUCUUCAACAUGAAGUUACUUGAUAGCGUUAUCAGAGAGUCGCAAAGACACAAUGCCGUUGGGAAGAUUCGUUUUAACCGAGUUGUUCUUAAGCCAAUCACGCUGAAAGAUGGCUCGGUGAUACCAAAGGGUUACACUAUUGAGGCACCAUACGCAGCCUUCGUAAAUGAUCCUCAGCUUUACCAGGAGCCAGAUAGCUUCAACCCUUACCGAUUCCUAGACCUCCGAUUGAACAAAUCGGAGGAUCUGAUAGGAUAUAAGAGCAAGGAGCAGUACCAAUUCGUGACUGUUGUGAAGGAAAAUAUGGGAUUUGGCUAUGGUCGCCAUUCUUGCCCAGGACGAUUUUUUGCUGCAAACGAGAUCAAACUCAUUACCGCCCAUAUAUUAAUGCAAUACGAUAUCCGAAUGCCAAUGGGAAUCAAAGAGAAAUAUCCAAAUAUUGGGACAGGCGCUAGAUCACACAAGAAUCCAGGAAACAAGAUUGAGUUUAGGCGUCUUGAGACACCUAUAUUACCAGGGAUAUAG